UGGUAGCAUCUACCGUCUUACGAACAGAACAUAACGGUCGCGUUAUGUUCUGCUGUCUGUCUUGAUAUGUUCGCUUGUGAGGUAAUAUAAUGCAGGAGAUACGCUAACGUAACUAAAACACGAUUUGCGAACUUUCGACUUUAGCUAGGCUACACAGUGUGUAAAGCCAUUUAAAGCUGCCAUUACAAUGCAUUGAUAAGACAAUAGCCACCUCAGCAAGUACGCUGUCCAGAAAAAAAAAACAAGGAACUGCUAACGCCAUCAUGGAGAACGCCGCGCUGAGUCUCCAGGGUUUAUACGAGAAGAUGCUGGCUCAAGUGGAUGCUCUCAACGAGGGCAUUGAACCCAACUUCAUUCGCAUGGCCCAGAAUUUUGACGACUGCCGCCGCAAGUGGCUCAACACAGAGAUGGAGUUGGGAUCCUGCAAGGAGAUCCUCACCAAAACUGAGACUGAGAGAAGCGCCCUGGAAGUCAAGCUGAAGCACGCCCGCAACCAAAUGGACGUGGAGAUGCGGCGCCGGCAGAAAGCUGAGAGCGACUGCGAGAAGAUGGAUCGGCAGAUUCAGUUGAUAAAGGAUCUCCUGACCAGCGAGGGCUCUUCCAGCAGCAUUCAGCUUAGCGCAGAGCAGCGCUCCGCUCUAGCCUUCCUCAACCCAAACUGCCAGGGAGUGUCCACGCUGAAUACAAGCAAAAGACUGACUACCAUAGACGAGUCGGGCUCCAUCCUGUCAGAUAUCAGCUAUGAUGACUCUGUUAAUACCCCCUGGGACACCUCCAAUGUGAAAAUGCGCCUCAGGAGGCGCGAAAAGAGGCGCUCGUCCAGGCAUCAUGUGGACGGCCCGCCGGUGGCCUCGAAAAGAUCUCGGUCAACUGGGAAAACCACCAACAAGGAGAAUGAGGCCCUCGUGACCACCACGACAGUGACCGUCCCCGCUGACGGCGGACCCGUUGAAGCGGUCUCCACCAUCGAGACCAUCCCAUACUGGACUCGUAGCCGGAGACAGACUGCUGCCAUGGAGUGGGACUCAACGUCCGUCACGUCGGAGGAUGUCUUCAAGCCGCCCGGCCAGCCCGAGGUGGACAAAAUAACCGAGCCUAGCACGCCGCAGAAAAAUGACGGCGUCCGUCACCAUGAGUUUGUCUCCAAAACGGUCAUCAAGCCAGAGUCCUGCGUGCCGUGCGGCAAGAGGAUCAGAUUUGGCAAGAUUGCCCUCAGGUGCCGCGACUGCCGCGUGGUCGCCCACCCGGAGUGCCGCGAGCGCUGCCCUCUGCCGUGCAUCCCCAGCCUGGGGGCCACGCCCGUGAAAAUUGGGGAGGGCGUGCUUGCGGACUAUGUCCCCGACGUUUCGCCCAAGAUCCCCCCUCUGGUGGUCCACUGCGUCGGUGAGAUCGAGCAGCGAGGGAUGCAUGAGGCGGGUCUGUACCGUCUGUCCGGUGCCAACCGCACGGUGAAGGAGCUGAAGGAGAAGUUCCUGCGCAGCAAAACCGUUCCCGUGCUGAGCAAAGUGGAGGACAUCCACGCCAUCACCGGACUCCUCAAGGACUUCCUGCACAACCUCAAGGAGCCUCUCCUCACCUUCCACCUCAACAGCCAGUUCAUGGACGCAGCCGAGGUGUCCGAUGACGACAACAGCAUCGCCCUGAUGUACCAAACCGUCGGUGUCCUGCCGCAGGCCAACAGAGACACUCUGGCCUUCUUGGUCCUUCACCUCCAGAGAGUCGCAGAGAGUUUGGACACGAAGAUGAACGUGGCUAACCUGGCUCGGGUGUUCGGACCCACCAUCGUGGGCCACGCCGUCGCCAACCCGGAGCCAAUGACCAUCCUGCAGGACACCAAGCGCCAACCAAAGGUGGUGGCGCGUCUGCUGAACCUGCCAGCGACUUACUGGGCCCAGUUUGUCAAGUCCGAGAACGAGCGGCAGCGCUCGGAUCCCCUCGUCAUCCAGAACGCCAACUGCUACACGCCCGAGAGAGUGACCUUACUCGGGCCUCUGACCACGCCGGAGCACCAGCUCAACAAGACGCCGUCCUCCAGCUCGCUGUCGCAGCGCAUGAAGUCCACGCUGACGCCCAUAUUUGGGAGCAGGAGCAAGUCAACGGCUGUGCUUCCUCACCAAGGAAAGUUCUUCCAAUCUCCACAGCUUAGAUGAGUCCCUUUGUUCUGUUUUAUUUUGUUUUUCCAAAACACACCAGCAGCCCAUGAGAAGCUUUUUUUUUUUUUCUUUUAUUACUCAAACUUUGUGUGUAACACUAGCUAGUUGAAGUCCAUGUAUGCUUUUGACGAUGGUGUUUUUGACUUAAGCAUUUCUUUCCGCGGUUUUUUCAACCCAUGUGUCACUCAGCGGUUGAAAAGACGUUUUUGGGGUUUUUUUUUAGACAUUUCAACACCAAACAGCUCGUUUUAUCUUGACCUAGCUUUGACGUUGUUAACUUACAUUUAGCUCGUUGCCCGUCCUGCUCGGUUUAAACUCCUCUUUUGUACGUUUGCUUGCUGUUAAAAGCUCAGUUAGCGCGGCAUCACGCCGCCAUUAGCACACACGUUUCCUGAUCAGAUGCACGUUUGUAAAGGUUGUGUAUCGCUAAAAUAUAUUUCUAACAUUUACAUCAGCGUCUCAUGUCAUUUUUGCCUGGAACUUUUAUCAGGGUCAAGAUGGGUAGACCUUAGACCUGGACCAGGGGUGUUCAAACGUUUGCCAGAUGAAAAAGCCUAUUACUUCACUCCUUUUUCCCCAUUUUUGCUGGGUUUUUUAAUGUAUUUUCCAAAUAUUUCAACUUGUUUCUUAAAUAAUCUUUGUACAUUUUAUUGGCUUUAUUUCUGUAAUAUUCAAACAAAAUGUUUCAAAAAUGACAACUUUAGUUUGUUUUCAUAAUGUUGCAACUUUUGGAUAAAUACCACCGUUUGUCCACUCGAUGCUACUAAAAUAACAUUUUUGCUCAUGAGUUUAUUCUUGUAAAAUUGCAACUUUUUUUCUGUUAAUAUUUGGACUUUUUAUCUUGUAAAAUUACAGCUGUUUUUUUUUUUAUAUAUAUUUCUGCUGUUUUACAAGUAUUUCAACUUUCUGUGUGAAUUUUUUUUCUUGGAAUAAUGACUUUAUUCCCAUAAAUUUUGACUUCAUUCUCGUAAUAUAACUU